GCCACCGGGCCAUAAAGUCAUUCCAUAUGGCCAGGGGCGGCCCCACACCCGGGUGCAAACUGCCCCGGGCCCCGAGCCUCACGUGCAGGUGAGAAAAACCCAGGCCCAGGGCUGGUUCCCAAGGAGGGGGGCCGUGGGCCCGCUGGGGCCGCACAUCUGUGCUCCCAUUUGGCCGAGGAGGGGAAGGUGGGAUGCCGGGGGCCCUAGCCCCAAAUGGGCGCCCCUUCCCCGCGCCGGCCCCUCCCGCCCUGCCCGGGCCAGGCGGGCUCCGCGGGAAACGCUCCCGGGAUGCGGAGCCUCGGCGGGAGGAGGCUGGGCCCCGCGGCCGCCCCGGGCCGGCGUGCAGCCCCGACUCUCCUGCGGCCUCGCCCUGCGCGCUCUCGCGUGGCUAAACCUCGCGUCUCCGGCUCUACCUUCUCGGGCACUUUGUUGGGAAGUCUCCAGGCGGUGGCAACCCCCGCGGAGGGCCGUGCUCGCGGUUUGAGGGUCCGAGGAGCAAUGGUCACCCGGGAUCGAGCUGAGAAUAGGGACGGCCCCAAGAUGCUGAAGCCGCUGGUGGAGAAGCGGCGCCGCGACCGCAUCAACCGCAGCCUGGAGGAGCUGAGGCUGCUGCUGCUGGAGAGGACCAGGGACCAGAACCUCCGGAACCCGAAGCUGGAGAAGGCCGAGAUCCUGGAGUUCGCCGUGGGCUACCUGAGGGAGCGCAGCCGCGUGGAGCCCCCGGGGCGCCCGCGGUCCCCGGGCCAGGACGCCGAGGCGCUCGCCAGCUGCUACUUGUCCGGCUUCCGCGAGUGCCUGCUCCGCCUGGCGGCCUUCGCGCACGACGCCAGCCCGGCCGCCCGCGCCCAGCUCUUCUCCGCGCUGCACGCCUCCCGGCGCCCCAAGGCGCCCCGGCCCGAGGCCGCCGACCCGGGGCUGCCCGCGCCGCGCCCCCCGCUGGACCCGGCCGCCCCGAUCCCCGGCCCCGCGCCGCACCCGCGCCCCCCCGCGCCCCAGGGCCCCGCCAGCCCCCGCGGCGCCUGGUCCCCGUCCCGCUGCUCGCCCCGCGCCGGGGAUGCCGGCGCCCCGGCGCCCCUCACCGGACUGCUGCCGCCGCCGCCGCCGCCCUGCGGACGAGACGGGGCGCCCAAGGCCCCGCCGCUCCCGCCGCCCGCCUUUUGGAGACCGUGGCCCUGAGCUCUGGGGGGCUGGGGCGGGGCCCGGGGGGGCGUAGAGACUCCAGCCGGAGGGCGGGAGAGGGGUCCGGGCAUCCGGGCGAGGAGGGCAGCGGGGCGCGCGGGCAGACGCGCGGGUGAGAUGUGGUCUAUAUUAGAGUAUCUAUAUAAAUAUAUAUUUUCCUGUCCCCUUCCCUCCCAUUUCCCUGUGUGUAGGAUUGUACCCUCUCUACCACAGCCCAGUACCAGUCCCUUCCCGAGGCCCUAGUGCAUGGAAUAAAGUGGUUAUUAAA